AUGUCCGUGUUCAUCAAUGCCAGUCAAAGCGGCCGUCACGCGCAGGGCAGUGAAGACUACGUAUGGCAGUAUGAGUAUUACGACGACCAAGAGCCCGUUUCAUUCGAGGGACUGAAAGCCCAUCGAUACUCGAUCGUGAUUGGCUUCUGGGUCAGUCUGGCUGUGUUUGUCCUCUUCAUGUUUUUUGUCCUAAUGUUACUGACAAAGACAGGCCCCCCACAUCCAGAAAACCCGCUCUCAUAUCAGCGGCAGAGUUGCCUAGGUGACGGUGUGCCGGAUGUGGGCCGUCCGCAGGUGUUGUCCUGCCCGCUGUCUGUCCAAUCACGUUCCGUUUUCCACUUUUACAUCAACGAGGAGGAGCAGAGCAGGGCUCGGGCAGGAGUGGUGAUUGGCCAGGAAAGACCAGAUGGGCGUGACCUAGAGCCCGAGCGACUGUCAAAGAGCCAGAGAGGAAAUGGAGAGGAAGACUUCCUGUCUGACUUCAACAUACCCAACUUUGUAAACGCCGAACACAGCUCCACAACAGCUGACAACGACGUCACGCUGUAUGAGUCACCAAUCAUCACGGAGAGCCAAUAGCGUGCAGAGACUGUCAACUACAUCAUCAACUGA